AUGGAUUCUCUGCCUUCGUCUACUAACGGGACAUCGUCCUCGUGGGAGUCCGUCUUGACGAAUGCUCAAUCCCAUAAGGCGAGCAUCGUGUUGCUCACUCCUACCAUCGGCAUCGUUCUCUGGUUCUUCGCCUCCUGGCAGAUUUCUUCACUGAAAAGAUAUCCUGGUCCUUUUCUAGCAGGAUGGACCAACCUAUGGCGACUUUGGCAAGUCAUCUCAGCCGACUAUGCCCCUCGAAUGAAGAAGCUCCAUGAGAAGUACGGACCCGUAGUACGACUGGGCCCGAAUCUUCUAGACAUUGACAUACCAGAGUUGGUCAAGGUCAUCUAUAGCACCGACGGAAAAUGGACAAAGUCAAACUUUUACCAGAACAGCAGCUCAAUAAUCAAUGGCAAGAUCACAUAUCACAUGUUCAGCGAAGUCGACAAUGUCGAGCACGCCAGAUUGAAGAGGCCGGUGGUCCGACACUACUCCGUCCCCAGCGUGCUGGCAAUGGAGCCACACAUGGAUCAGGUCAUUGACGAGUUUUGCGAUCAUCUCCAAAGCCGAUUCGUCGACACUGGCAAGAAAUGCGACUUUGGUGACUGGUUAGCAUACUACGCAUGGGACUUCCUUGGCUACGUCACAUUCAGCAAGAAGUUUGGCUACAUGGACGCAGGCCGCGACUUUGACGGCACUUUAGCCAUCGGGGACCAGUCGAUCGAUUACCUGGGUCUCUGCGGUCAGAUGCCGUGGAUGGACUACUGGCUCGACAAGAACCCGGUCUAUCCUCUCGGCCCACCAAAUAUCUCCAACGUAACCAGAAUCGCCGUUGAGAACAUGACUGAGCGCCUCAAAGGCGAAGAUACAAACUUUACGCCCGAGAAGCCGGACUUCCUGCAGUAUUUCAUCGAUUCCAAGGGAACGCAUCCUGAGAUCGUCAAUGAGGGUACAAUCAUUGGGUAUCUCCUGUUGAACUUAAUCGCCGGAGCCGACACAACCGCCAUCACGAUGCGUGCCCUCUUCUACUAUUGCCUCAAGAACCCCCGCAUCUGGAAGCGCCUCGAAGCCGAAGUCAUAGCCAACAUCCCCAGCGACAAGCCGGCAUCCCACUCCGCCGCCCGCGCCCUCCCCUACCUCGAAGCACGCAUCGUCCCCGAGGGCGGCCUCGCGCUCCCCGACGGCUCCGUCGUGCCCGGCGGGUCCCUCGUCGGCAUGAACCCGUACAUUGUGGGCCGCAACAAGAGUGUCUACGGGGAGGACGCCGACGAGUUUCGGCCCGAGCGCUGGCUGCGGCAGGAGGCUGAGGGCGAGGACGCCUAUAAGCUCCGGAUGAGGCAGUGGAACGCGGCGGAUAUCACGUUUGGCGGGGGGUCACGUAUUUGUCUUGGAAGGAACUUGAGUCAGAUGGAGGUGUACAAGGUUGUGCCGUCGCUGAUUUCGAGAUUCGAGAUUGAACUCGUGGAUCCGAAUGAGAAAUGGUGGACGAGCUCGCGGUGGUUUUACAGGACGAAGGGAGUUGUCUGUCACUUGAAGCGCAGAACCGCAAAGGCAUGA